AUGGCAAAGAGCAAGCUGCUGUCCUACUUAUCCAUCUCCAUCUUCCUUUUUGUUCUUCUUUCAGCUAACAAUGAUGUAGCUAAGGCCCAUAAUCAUCAUCAUAAACAGUUUUUUCGUCCCCAAAAGUUGUUCGUUUUCGGUGACUCUUAUGUCGAUACGGGCAACACCGACAAGUCUUUCUCUAGUUCUUGGAAGGUUCCAUAUGGUAUCACUUUUCCUCGGAAGCCUGCUGGACGAUUCUCCGAUGGUCGUGUUUUAACAGACUUUUUAGCUAGAUUCUAUGGAUUGAAGUCUCCAUUACCAUAUAUGCUAAGGACAUUGACAGGAAAGUCGAAGGCAGUGGCUAGGUAUGGAAUGAACUUUGCUUUCGGCGGGACUGGAGUAUUCGAUACUCAAUUCCCCGGAGCAAACAUGUCCGUUCAGAUCGAUUUUUUUAAGGAAUUUCUGAAUUGUUCGGUUUACUCUAAAAGCGAUGGAGAUACCUCUAUGGCCCUCGUUGCGGUCUCUGGCAACGAUUAUGCUGCCUACGUCUUUAACGGUGGCCUUUUUCAGAAUAUUCCAGCAUUUAUUACCCAAGUGGUAAACCAACUCAAAAUCAAUCUAAAGAGGAUUCACGAAACGGGGGUGAAAAAAGUGGUUGUAACUUCUCUCCCGCCUUUGGGCUGCCUUCCAACUAGCACAUUCCUUAACAAUUUCACCAAAUGCAACACCACUCAGAAUACAGCCGUUGAAUUCCAUAACCUCUUGCUUCGACAAGCUGUUGCGAAGCUCAACGAUGAAACUGUUGGCACGAACGGAGGGUCCCCCGCCUUCAUCUUUCUCGAUCUUUACUCUUCCUUCAAAAGAACAUUCCUUCGUCGUGAUAAGUUUGUGAAUCCGUUGAAGUCCUGUUGCAUGGGGAUCAACGGCAGUGAUUGUGGUACGGUAAACAAUAAGGGGCAAAAGAUGUAUACGGUGUGUGAGAAACGUGAAAAUUCGUUCUUUUGGGAUUCGGUGCAUCCUACUCAAGCCGGAUGGCAUGAAGUUUAUCUCAUUCUUUUAUCUUCUUUGAGUCGUAUUUAAUAUACAAAUGUUACUUAAUUGAACAAAUAAGUGAUUUCAUAGAUUUGGCAACAUCUCAAGCUUAUUUUAUUUUAUUUUUGUAUUAUCAAUGUCUUGAAUUCUUCAUUUAAUCAAAUAAGCCAUGUGCUUGGUCAA